AUGAUGAAUCAUUCAUCAUCCCAAUCCCAAUUGCAGCAGCAGCAGCAGCAGCAGCAGCAGCAAGAACACAAGAUGAGUCCUACUAGCAAGCAUUACAUGGUUCUUCUGUUGAUCACCUAUUUUUCGCUCUUUGUGGGCAGUGUGUCUUCAACCCUGCUUUCAAAGUUCUAUUUCAUCCAUAAGGGUUCGAGCAUAUGGGUGUCAACAUGGGUUCAAUCUGUUGGAUUUCCUCUCCUCCUCCUCCUCAUUUACCUGCCCCACCAUCUCUUCAAAUGCACACGGAGGCGACCCUUCACAAGUUUCACUCCGAAGCUCCUCCUCUUAUCAGUUUUCAUAGGACUCAUGUUAGGCCUGAACAACUUUCUCUUCUCCUGGGGAACCUCCUACCUACCUGUAUCAACUGCAUCUCUCCUUCUAUCAUCCCAACUGGCCUUCAAUCUCAUACUCUCUAUCAUCAUCGUGAAGCAAAAGAUCACAUUUUCUAACUUCAACUGCGUGAUUCUUCUCACCCUCAGCUCCAUCCUCCUGGCCUUGAGUUCCAACCAUGACAGACCAAAAGACUUGACCCAUGCCAAGUACUUCAUAGGCUUCUUCUCCACCAUAGGAGCAGGCCUGCUCUUUGCUCUCUAUCUCCCAGUGAUGGAGAUGAUCUACAAGAAAGUUUACUGCUACGAGAUGGUGAUUGAAAUGCAGCUGGUGAUGGAGAUGGCAGCAACGGCCUUGGCCACCAUUGGAAUGGCAGCCGGCCAUGGGUUUUCAGAGAUGAAGAAGGAGAGUGAAAUGGUGUUUGAUCUGGGUCCAAAGGCAUACUGGUUGACACUGGUAUUCAACAUGGUGACUUGGCAGUUUGCCUUCAUGGGAACCGCAGGGCUGGUGUUCUUGACAACUUCUCUGACCGGAGGAAUCUGCAUGACUGCCUUGAUGGCCGCGAACGUGCUGGGAGGUGUCUUGGCGUAUGGAGAUAAGCUUGGAGGAGGGAAGGUGGUCUCCACCUUGCUCUGCGUCUGGGGCUUUUGCUCCUAUGUCUAUGGCAUGUAUGUUAAGAUGAAAGAAGAAGAGAAAAACAACAAUCAAUCAAUACAACUGCCUGAGCAGCAAAUGGUUUGAUUGAUCCAUCCAUUUUACUGUUUCCUUUGUUCAAGCCUUCCAGAUGUAAUGAAUAAUAUGCAUAGACAUUUCAAAUUUCCUUAUCA